UCAGCGCUUCCUGGUUACGGUAAAGCUAAGCUAGCAGCUAGUUCGCUUCUCCCGGGUUGUUGGUGUUCCUCCUCUGCUCAGCAGGGCUCCGCCUCAGUGUUUUCCCGGCGGCUUCAGUGACGCUGACAGACGGACGCUCACAUCAGACUUUCACCGUCAAUCCUCCGGGAUGUCUUUCUUGGAGAAACCGGCCCCCGGCAGGCUGCUGCUGGACGACACCGUGCCUCUGACGGCGGUGAUCGAAGCCAGCCAGAACCUGCAGUCCCACACGGAGUACAUCAUCCGAGUCCAGAGGGGCGUGUCCUCAGAGAAUAGCUGGCAGGUGAUUCGGCGCUACAGUGACUUUGAUGUUCUCAACAGCAGCCUGAUGGUAUGUGGCAUCAGUCUCCCUCUUCCUCCAAAGAAGCUAAUAGGAAACAUGGACAGGGAGUUUAUAGCAGAGAGGCAGAGAGGAUUGCAGGCCUAUCUGGACUCUAUUACCCAGCAUCCCCUGAUUUCCAGCUCCCUGACUGUGAAGAAGUUCCUGGACCCCAACAACUACUCUGCCAACUACACAGAGAUCGCUCUGCAGCAGGUCUCCAUGUUCUUCAGGUCGGACCUGAAGUGGGAGGUGCUGGAGCCUCUCAAAGACAUCGGCUGGAGGAUCAGGAAGAAAUACUUCUUAAUCAAAAACAAAGAGCAGCCCAAAGAGAGGUAUCUGCUGAGCUGGGUGGACCUGGGGCCUGAUAAGUUCCUGUCGGACAAAGACCUGCAGUCAGCCAUGAAGCUGCUAACCAGCCUCUCUACUCCAUAUCUGUGUCCGCUGUUGUUCUCCAGCACCAGUGAGUCCUCAGCUCUGCUCAUCAGGCCAUUCAGUGAGAGAGGCUCUCUAAGGGACCACAUCUGUAAGGUGAAGCCCAGAGAGAGUUACCUGAAGAAGUACUGUAACCCGAAGAAGAGUCAGGGUCUCGAACUGCAGCACAUCAAACUGUACGGCCGUCAGAUCCUGGAGGGCCUGAAGCUCCUCCAUGAUGGCGGUAUGUUUUUCGGUCACCUGCACACAUCCAAUGUAAUUGUGGAUGAGGGUGUGUGUCGACUGAUGGACGUAGAGAACGGCAUGCUGGGAGUUCCGUCAGCGCUGCGACCCGCCUUCACUCAACUCAGGAAGAUCAAUACCACAGAGAGCAUCGACGUGUUCUGUUUUGGACAUUUACUGUACGAGAUGACGUACGGCCGACCGCCAGACAGCGUCCCCGUUGAUCAAUACCCCGCUGUCCCCUACACCGCUGUAGUGUCAGUGCUGCAGUCCAUCCUGUCCACAGAAGCCUGUAAGAGCGGGAUGCCAACAGUGUCGGCGCUCAUGCAGACACCGCUGUUCAGUGACGUCCUGCUCCAGCACUCAGAAAAACUCCAGAUCAAGGUUCCCAGCAGGCUAAAAGAGGCACUGAAGACAGCGAAGGAGAGUCUGGAGAAGAGGCUGCAGGAGGAGCAGAGAGUGCUCCACCAGCACAGGAGGCUGACCAGAGCUCAGUCUCACCACGGCUCAGAGGAGGAGAGGAAGAGGAGGAAGAUUCUGGCAAGGAAGAAGUCCAGACAGUCGGCUUAUGAGAAUGAAGAAGACGUCUCUGUAAGAAACAACAAUAACUCUGGUUCUGGAGCCAGCUCCCCUCCCACAUGCCCCUCCUCCCCCACCCCCCCAUCCACCACAGGAGCCCAGUCUGCUUGUCCCCCUCCUCCUCCUCCUCCUCCUCCUCCUCCCCCUCCUACGCUGGACUCGUCCUCCUGUCCUCCUCCUCCUCCUCCUCUGUCCUCUGAUGGAGCGGGAGGAGGUCGCACCGCCUUGCUGAGCUCCAUCCAGGCCUUCAGUAAGGGCAAACUGAAGAAGGCAGAGACCGUCGACCGCAGCAAACCCAUCAUCUGACCCCGCCCACCUCCCCCUCCUGUCCUUGACCAGGAAACCGUCAGUACGGCGACACAACCGACCCAUUGGUUCUGCACUGUGGUCUGGACCGGUUCACGUCGCCACUCCCUGAGAUGUGAAAAGGAAUCACUAACAAAAAAAAAAAAUCCAAGUACCAUUUUAGUUUUUAUCGCUAUUCCUGCUUUUUUCUGCUUUUAAAUUUUUAAAAUCUGUUGCUGUGGUUAGAGAGAGUGGAGAGCGGGCGGGGGGAAAUAGCUGCCUCAGUUUGCCCUUUUAAAAACUCUGGACAGUCGGAGGCACCUGAAGGUUUGAUUUUCUGACUACUUUAUCACAAGGAGAGCCACCAGGCUGCAUAUAUAACAAGUUGGAAAACUCAAACUGAGUCUGGUGAGCUUUUCUGGUUGAUCUGCUGCUUCAGCGGGCAGCCAGCUCGCUUCUUUUCUGCUUGUAAAAGUGGCGGUUGAACUUUUGAGAUUUGAAGUUUUGGAGCCGCUGUGGAUGCUUCAUCCUGCUGGCCGAUGAAGUUGAAUUUCCUGGAUCCAAAACUCUAACAUCAGUGCUGUGACACUGUCAUGGCGUUGCACUGGUCCUGAAACUGGACCAAACUUUCCCUCUUUGAAAUCAUCUCAUAACAUGCAGCCUCGAGGCUCCACAUAGACUGUUUCACUGCAGGACGACAGUGAUGAAGAACAACUCCUGAAAAUCAAUACAGCUGCACAGAAAAAAAAUCAAGUCAUUUUUGUCUAUGAUUACAUCCAAAAAACUGCUUUUCCUAAAACAAGUGAAAGUGCAGAAUAUUUUACCUGAAUCAGCUUGUGUUUGAAGUGUUUUAAAAUGUGUCUACAUCUGGAAACAACAAAAAUAAGGCAGGUCGCUGUAUUAGAGGCAGAAAAAUAUAACUGGAUCCAAGAAAAUAUUUACGUGUAAGUUGAUUUUCAGUGGCAACUAGUUGGAAGUGACCUUGCAGAUUUAUCUUCACACAUUUUAAGAAAGUCAGACCAAUUACAGACAGAAAUAACUUCAUAAGAAGGGUGUCUGAAACUACACAAACCUCGACCACAGUCAGGGUGGGAUCACUCCUGAGAUAAAUUUGACUUUGCUGCAUUUGUGCAAUUAGUUCAUCAGUUAGAGAUUCUUGCAGUGAGCGUUUGUUAAAACCAUGACAUGAAUCCUCUGCGGUGUUCAUUCCAGUUAAUAACAUAUAAACUGUGUUUUGUUCAGUUCUGUAGGCAUGAGGCGUCCUCAUUGGUCAGUUGUAGAUUCAUUCUGAACAACGUUGCAGCCGUUUCAGACCAAACAUGAAAGAGUGAAUAGUUUUCACGAUGUAGAGCACAAAGUUAAGGGCGGCACAUAAUCCUACAAAGCAGCUAACCACGAUGCUACAGACUACAGUUAGUGUGUUUCCAUCCACCUGUUUUUUUGUGCACUUUCAAUUUGUGCAUAAAAAAGCUGAGUGGAAAAUUCAAAAAAAAUAUAUAUCUCGAAAAAGCUUUUACACUUAGCUAAGAUGGAAAAGUUGGUUUAUAGAUAAGAACAAAAUAUGAUAAUGUACAAAUGGAAACAGAUUUGGCAAAUUAGUCAUGACAUACUUGAAGCAUGUAAGUUUAAUGUCCAUCAAGGAGACGGUAAACUUCCUCAAAUUAAAGGUUUACUUUGGUAUUUUUCAACCUGGACUCUAUUUUCUAAUAUUUUUGUGUCUAAGAGAAUGAUGGGAACAACAGUUUUUGAAAUUUGUCCAGUACUGAGUGAAACAGGCUGCAGUGUAACCACUCUGGGCAUUUGUCUUCACUUUAUGUCCAAAGUGCUUGUUUUUGCCACUGACAGGCUCAGAUUGUUAUUGUAAGUGUCUGACAAAUUUAUUAAAGGAUCCCUACAGAGAUAGACUUUUGUAAAAUAGUAAGAUCAUUUUUGUUUAAAUGAAAAGUGCUUUUGGCAAACCCACCAGACUCCAUUUUAGUAAUCAGUAAUUUUAGCGUGAAUAGAGCCAACAUGUUUUCACAACUAACUGAAGAAUUAAGGGUUUAUUUCAACCAGAGCAGAGUUUGUGGUUGUUAAAAUAGUGGAAAGACGACCCGAGACGGCUUUUGUGAAUUUUAUUUUAUUUCUGUUGACACUGAAUGAAGUGUGUUUAAAGACGAUGUAAGUACUGUUUAUUUGAAUGGAGUCUGGUGGGUUUGGUGAGAGCAAAACAAAAACGAUCAUACUCUUCAACAAAAAAGCCUAUCUCUGUAGGGAUCCUUUCCAUAAUGUCACUGACACUUAAAAUGACAAUCUGAUCCUGUCAGUGGCAAAAACAAGUACUUUUAGUGGACGUAAAUUGGCGAUGCACAUUUGUCCAUUAAUGUUACAUUGCAGACUGUCAGGCCAACACAUUCUCACUCCGACCUCGUCACAUAUUGACGUGCUUGGUCAUGGACUUUCCACGUCCACAUACGAUGUGCAAGGUACCCUGGGUGCGUUGGUUGUUGACGCUCUGGGACGCCGUGUCAAGUUGCCUUCUUUCAAUAUACACUUCCGUUUUUGCAGGAAAUUUAAAGUUUACAUACAGUCUCUUUCAAAAUACAUGCACUACAUCGGUACAACACUACAAAUUGACGUUUUUUUUUUUUUUUCCUUCAACAACAAACGCACGUGGUUAGGUUUAGGAAAAGAGAACAGUGAUUGGCUUUAGAAUCUUACAGGUGGCGAAAACACCACUCUCUCGGGUAAAAGUCCAAAAAGUUUGUUGGACCGACCCGCCCCAAUUGGACUUUCACCACUUAACUUUCGUCCUUGUCCUGCCUCCUCUCCCCCUGACGCUGCUGGGUGGAGUUAAACUAUAACGGCAACUGGCCUUGUAUCAUGCCGACGUUAAAGGACCCCUUAUUUCGUUGGUUUCUGACACCGCAAGUCACUGCCCAAGCGCCGGAUUUCGACGACUUCGGGGCUUGUCAGGCGGCUGCUGGCUGCAGCCCUCUCGCUCAUUACUAGACAGAUUUUAAAAACUGUUGUGUCCAUCAGACACUAAAACAUAAAAACAUGAGAAAAUAUGGUCCAGGCUGAAAAAUACCAAAGAAGUUACCCUUUAAUGUAUGAAACAUAAAUGUCAUAUUUGCAUGUUUUAUAUGUGUGUUUUUUUCCACCAUUUGUGGUUUGACUGGAAGUACGUUCAUAACAUCAGCUUUCCUCUUCUUCUGCAAUGGUUUAAAGGCACCUGACUGGAGAAUUAACACCACCAACUGUACCAUCGCUUACCUUAUUGCACCAAUUCCUAAUUCCAACAAUAAUGGUAGCAGGUGGAAACACAUUUCCUUUGCAGUUUUUCUGAAAAUUUGCACUUAAUUUGGAUGGAUAUGUAACUAAUGCUUUGUAAAACAAUCAGAAUAGAAAUCUUCUUAACUGGUAUCCUCAUUCUCUCAGAUUGUUUGUCUCCUGGUGAGGAGAGUGGAAUGAAAUUUACAAAACUGGUGGAAAAUUUAAUUUUGUGCUCUGAAUUCCAGCAGUGAGAUUAUCUCCAUCAUAACUUCUGCCUCAUGUCAAUAAGACUUCGGUGUGCCACUAUGGCUGGUGCAGCCGCUCUCUCCAUUGGAAAUAAUGACUUUGCUCUACGCAAGGUCAAACUUGCACUUUUGGUGUGAAAGCCUGUAAAACAGAGAUACUGGUCAGACGACUGUCCUGUCCGUGAUCAGAGCCACAUGAAUCCACAGCGACGAGCCGCUCAGCUCUGAUUGUAUUUAGGGUCUGAAAUUAAUCUGAAAUUUAACCGUGGCAGGAGAUUAAAAAACACAACAUUACCGAUAUGUAAGAUUUUUAUGAUUUUGCUUCUUUGCACCAGAAUAAAACUUUAUUGUUAUACUUGCAAGACCUGUACUGCUGCUUUUGCAUGUUUUGGCCCAUUAACUUGAAAUCACACACUUGACAUCGCUGCUGAUCAUUUUCCAGAUCAUCCACCAUGUCUUUAGAUUCUCUUCCUUCCAGAUAGUCAUAGGUUUCUCUGAAAAUCAACUAGCGAAGACUUGAAACUUGCUACAGAGAGAAAAUCCAUCUCAGUCAACCUUUAGUCACCUUUAGUUUUUGUUUUAUUUCUUAACAGAUGUGUGGUAAAAUAAAGUUGAUUACAAGGGUGAUAUUUAAUUGUCAUACUGGACAUUAGAUAAUUAGAAAUUUUUUGUAAUGCAACAACUCAUCAACUUGAAAUCUAGCUUGUCACAUCCUCCACCUGCUCAUUCUGUUUCUGAUGAAGUGGUUAAUAAAUGCAAAGUUUCUCAGCAGCUGAUUCAUUUUUGUCAGGCUGUAAGCUUUCUAGUUUUUUUUUAAAUUUUUCUCGAAAUGACCUUCACGUCUAAUGUGGACUGUCAUAUAUCUGGGUGGUUUAGGCCUUAUAUCCUCCUGAGACCCUGUGUCCUCAUAUGAGAACGUCGCAUCUUUGGUUUCCUGCACCUUAUACUUCAUUCUGCUCUACUUAGACCUGUCAUCCUCGUUUGUGGACACUUUUUUGUGCCAUCUAGUGGUAGUAAGGCCACAAUACACUUAUCCACAUACGAACAAGAUGGCCGCCAUCUCUGCCAAGUCAGUCUGCAGCCAAUCUCAACACAAACACACACACACAUCACAUUUAAUGGUUGAAACUUGUUUAUUUAUGAUUAAUAAUGUUUGCAGUUUGAUACGGCAACAAAUUUGUCCAAUUUUAGCAGCAGUAACAAGCUAAGACGCUGGUAAUUAGGAGGUAUGCGUUUGAAGACAUUUGGACUUCGUUAUCAUCUCGUUUGAAGACAUUGGGACUUUAUUAUCGUUUACAAAGUGUAGUUUUUUAUAGCUAUCAGAUCCUACUGAUCCCAAAUAGCUAGGAGAAAUUAAAAUACAUACCAAAAGUUCCAAGUCCAGGUCUCUUGAGGAUAUAAUGUAGAUAUUUAUGAUAGUUCAUGGAAAGGCAUAUUGAUGAAACCACACCUAUAAUAAUGUUGAGUAUUUUUUUAAACAAAAACAUCCACAGAUAAGAAAAAAGUGGAUUUACUUCUCCCUGACUAGCUAGAAAUUCAAUUCGUACCAAACAGGAAAACUGGAAAAUUCAGAUUUGGGAACAGCCCAACUUGUUUAUCAGAAUAGAUGUUGGAGUGUAGAUCAGUGCACCACCAUGGAAGGAUAUAAAGCAGCAAAUGGAUCUUUCUGCAGCAAGUUUCAGACUCUUUAUAAAAAAUAACCUGAAGGAAGGAAAGUGGUGGUAUCCUCGUCAUCAGAGAAGUGACAUGUUUGCCCUCCACUGCAACACCUGCUGGUAACACUGGUGACUUUAACAAUGUUUCCCUCCACAAAGGUCAGUUUAAUUCAUUUGACGUCCACUGAGGGUUAAUUUCAGACCUUUAUUGUGUUGAUUCUUGUUAUUUUCAAGCGUUUUGCAUCUGUUUCAUUCUGGUGUAUUUUAAUGUUUGCUGUCUGAGAUUAUUUUAUUUUAUUGUGCCAUAUGGAUCCUUGUGCGUAUGGGGAAAUGAAUGUUUUUUGUUGUUGUUUUUGUCGAAAUAUUGUAUGUGACAAUGUCAUACAUACCGGAUCAUCUGUAUGUAUAAAGCUCUGUCUGAGGGUGUUAACACUUUAGCACACAGGAUGUUUUUAUGUGGUUAUUGGCAUUAUAGUUCAGGCAGAUCAGAAAAAACUCCCUAAUUAAGCAACUGAUGAUGAUUUUCUUUAACGUUUCAUCUAUAAAAUGUCAGACAACAGUGAAAGUGUCUGUCACAGUUUUCCAGACCUCAAGGUGACAUCUUCACACGUCUUGUUUCCUCUGACCAACAGAGCAAAAACCCCAAAAUGUUCAGUUUACAGUGAUAAACAACAUUUUUUGUAGCUUCCACUUGGACACGUGCUGCUUCUUUGGGAGGAAUUACUUUUGUAUGAGUUAAUACCGUGUGUUUUGAGGAUGAUCCUGCAGAGUAUACCUUUAAAAUGACUAAUCGAUCAUCAAACUUGCUGCAGAUUUUCUUUCUGACAUCCAGCUCAUCAGUUAAUUGACUGAUUGUUUUAGCAAUAAAAAUAAGCCCUUAGGUUUGGUUUUGAGGAAAAACUGAACCCUUAAAGUUAAAGUGAGAUUAAAAGUCAAAUUCUUGGUUUUGAGGGGAAACAGGCGAUUCAGAUCCGUCUGUCCGUCUGAAAGGAUAGCUUUUCUCCAUGAGUACUGCUGAUCUGUGGAGAUGAUUUGUCUCAGUAUUAUUUGUGUGAACAGGUUGAAAACUCACGACAUACUUUGCAUACAUAAAACAGAUCUGCAAAUAUAUAAACAAAAAGACUUAGUGUGCUUAAAAUGCAAAUCCACAAGCGCAGAAUUUAGAUUCACAAUUAAAAACUGGAUUCACACAUAUCUAUGUUGGAAAGUUGUAAAUGUUGCAAAUGCUUUUCAUUUAUUUGUAAAUCAGUUAAAUAUAUUGACUUGUUUUUACUUGUACAUUGGAUUUAAAUCUUGGAAUUUCAAAGUUACAGUGAAACUGCAGCUAAGAAUCUUAAACUUCCACUGUGUUUCACUACGACACAAAUUUGGGCUGAGUGGUUAAAGGAAUAGUUUGGCAGUUUGGGAAUUGAUUUGCCCUGAGUGUAACACGAGAGGAUUGAUAUCAAUCUUAUAUGUGUCUGUUAAAUAUGAAGUGACAGCCAGCAGCUGCUUAGCUUAGCUUAGCUUAGCUUAGCUUAGCUUAGCGUAGCAUAAAGGCUGCAAAACAGGGAAACCGCAAGCCUGACUCAGUCUGGAGCUAACACAGUCCGCCAACCAAAAUUUUUAAAUUAACUAAUCUUUCUUUAGAUUAAAGAAACGAGACCCAACAUGUUAGCAGUGUUCAGACGUGCUUUUAGGCAAACUUUAUAGCCUAACUUUUUGGUAGGCUAGCUGUUUCCCAGUCUUUGUGCAAAACUAAGCUAAGCUAGCCAGCUUCUGGCUGUAUCUUUAUGUUUAACAGACAGAAAUGAGAGUGGUAUCUAUCUUCUCAUCUAACUCUCCACCCGAAAACAAAUUGCCAUAUUCCCUAAAAUUUCGAAUUAUACCUUUAAAAGUUGGUGUGACUCAGGGGAGAAGCACAACACCACAAGGCUGCCAGGAUCUACUUUACUUUUAAAUCUUAAUAGAAGUGACAGUGGAAGCAGCAGUAAACUGUAACUGGAUUUCCACAGGAAGCCUCCACGCUACAUUAAUCCCACUCACCUGUGUAUUACCUGAUGUUCUGUGUGCUAAAGCGUUCACCUGUGUGAGCUCAGGUGAAUCCUGAUGACUCUGAUCACUACAAUCUGAAUUUUAGCACUCGGAGCGUUUUUUAAAUCAGUGCUCUGUGCUGAAAUCAUUUAUUAUUCAGUGCAAUCCGGUCCAAUGCGAUGGUCCUCGUGUCUUUGAAUGGUCAUUAAAUUGUAUCAGUGUGUUUCUCUGCAGCACUUUACCCACGAGGGGUGGAAGAUAUGUCCACAGAGUUUGUCAAAGAUAAUUAAAUUCAGAGUCCCAGAGACGACGCUGGGUUACAAGUAAACUGGUAUGAAAAACCACUCUUCAGUCUCCAGGUCAUUUACAGUCACACACCAAAUGUUUUCCAAUGUUUUGUCCUGAUGUCGCCUUUAAAUAAAUAUGAUGCAGCUGCAAAGUGACCCUCCUCAUCAUCUAUAUUCAAAUAUUAAAAACUCUAGCGAGCCUGCUGUGAUGAAAUGAAAACUGUAUCAACGGAAUGAAUAUUGAUUAAAAAAUGGUUCAGGAAAA